UUGUCGGAAACGUUUAAUUCGCUGAAAGGAAAAGCCGCAACAACAUUCAAUCACAAUUACUUACAAAUUGACGGGGCGCUAGACAAAUCCAAAUUAACCGGAAGUGAGACCAGGAUUCGACCCAAAAACAAUGCCCCAGCAACGGCGCAAGGUGGCCUUCAGCGGCAAGAAGAAGAAGGAUCAGAUGCUGCAGAAGCGCAACACAAAAGGUCCGCCCAAAUAUUUGCGGAGCACCCAGGAAUCCUACGAGGAUAGCGAUGUGCCCGAAACGACAAGGAAACUCAUGGAACAACCAUUCGCCCGUGGUGGAAAUCGCAACAAAAACGUCAAUCGCUAUAAUCUCCAGUUCUACCAGGAGGGCAAGAAGGAACUGGAGCAAAUGAAGCUGGAGGGCUUCAAACCCCUGGAAGUCCUAAGUCCCAAAGAACGGGAAGUGGACGAACGGUACUUUGCCGGUUGCGACUUUCCAGUGCGUCCGCCCUGGAAAAUAGAAAAUUCCAAAGAACAACUUGAUCGCACCGAGAAUCGAUAUUUUAAGGAAUACGUGGAUGAGCUGCAAAAGAAGCAGCGUGCUGGUGACUCCAAGGAACUCUCCCUUUUCGAACUGAACCUGGAAACCUGGCGCCAACUGUGGCGUGUCCUCGAGUUUUCGGACAUUCUGCUCAUCAUUGUGGAUGUGCGCUAUGCCACGCUGAUGUUUCCGCCCUCACUGUACGACUACAUUAUCAAUACGCUAAAGAAGCAUGCGAUUGUGGUGUUCAACAAAGUGGAUCUUGUGGAGCCGCAGGUGGUGGUUGCCUGGCGGGAGUACUUCCGUGACCACUAUCCCCAUCUGCCAGUGGUGCUCUUUGCAUCCUAUCUGCCGCGCUCCCGCAAGGGAAGCCAGCGUGGACCGCAGGCGCAUCGCCGCAGCAUGGAGGGGGUGUACAACAUAUACAAGGAGUGCCAGCGUUACGUGCAGGGCGAGGUGGAUCUGACGGCCUGGGAGCAGAAGAUUCGCGAGGACAUGCGAAGCGAUCAACUCGAUGUCCUGGAUGAUCUGACAACGGCCGUGGAGGGUGAACUCAAGAUCAGCAGCAGCAUCGACACCACGCCCCACGAGCAUGUCAAGUAUCACAAUGGCGUCCUGACCAUUGGCUGCAUUGGUUUCCCAAAUGUGGGCAAAUCCUCGCUAAUUAACGCCCUGAAGGGACGCAAAGUGGUCAGCGUGAGUCGCACACCCGGACACACAAAGCACUUUCAGACCAUUUUCCUCACCCCCCUGGUCCGUCUGUGCGAUUGUCCCGGCCUAGUCUUUCCAUCGACCACUCCCAAAAGCCUUCAAGUGCUGCUGGGCAGUUUUCCGAUCUCCCAGCUGGCUGUGCCCUAUCGCUCCUUGAAGUUCCUGGGCGAGCAUAUGAAUCUGCCGCAGCUUCUGAGACUCCACCUGCCCGAGGACUAUGACGAGUGGUCGGCGGUGGCCAUUUGUGAUGCCUGGGCUUAUAAGAGGGGAUUCCUAACCGCCAAGGCGGCCAGACCGGAUCGCUAUCGGGCUGCCAAUCACAUACUUCGCAUGUGUCUGGCCGGCCAACAGCUACUGGUGCUGCAGUUCUAUCCGCCGGGCUUCGAGGAGCGGCGUGAUCACUGGCUACAACAUCCCGAUCUGGCGGAGGUCAAGAAGUACCAGCAGGUUGAGCUGGAGGAGCCGGAAAGCGAGACCAACGGCGACACCUCCUCGGUGUGCUCAGAUACUGCUGAUAGCGAGGACGAAGAUGAGGACAGCUCCAAUGAUGAGACCAAUGCGGAUGAGGACGAGUGUGCCAUCGAGGAGGAUCCGCCCAGAUCCCGCAACGUGUUUGCCCUCCUGGAGGAUGACUAGAUGGAAUGAAUUUACCAAGAAAUUUUGUUAUUGCAUCACUAGUUUGCACGUAUAAUUUAUUAUUAACAUAUACAAUGUUUUACACACGAAGAUGACUUAUUUCGUGAGCUAAACAAUAAACUAAAACACCAGGCUAA